AAAAACGCAAGAAAGUGGAGGAGCGAAAGGCGACCAAACACGAGGAAGAAUAUCCACUUCCGUUCCUGAGCGAUCCUUCUCCUUCACCGUCAGGCUCAUAUCAGACGAUCUUCAACUCCUCCGUCGUAUUUAUAUACUGCAGAUAGUAUUUAUAUAUAUAUGCCCACUCGGCUGUUAUAAUCUGUGUUACCGGUCCGCUCCUUAACUACCAUUAAAUCCAAUCCACCCAAUUUCUCAGAUUGAAGAAGAAGUUGAGGUCCCAUCUCCCCCAACCCUCAUUUCCUUUGUCCUGUUUUUAUCUUUGCUGAAUGGCGAUGGCUGAAGAAUUUAUCAUGAAUUUAUGAUCGAACACCCAAAAGUCCACCAACCCAUUUGCCCAAAAUUCGCAAAUCUCGUAACUUAAUUGUGGUUGUGAUCGAUUUGAUCCGCCGUUGAAGAAGCUCGAAGAACAUUGAGGAAGAAGAAGAAGGGGAAAGACGAAGUGGGUUUUUAUGUCAGGGGCAAAGCCGGCCGCGGCAGAGCAUGUCGGCUUCCCCAACGUGGAUGCGAACAAGUCCACCGCCUCUGCCACCGCCAGAGCCGACGGAUGCUGCAAUCCGGUCAAGAAAACCGGACCCAUUUCGAUGGAUCACGUUCUUCUAGCGUUACGGGAGACCAAGGAGGACAGGGAAGUCCGAAUUCGAAGCCUUUUCAAUUUCUUCGAUGCUAAAAAUCUUGGGUAUUUGGAUUAUUCUCAGAUCGAGGCCGGAUUGUCGGCCCUUCAGAUUCCUCCGGAAUACAAGUACGCCAAGGAUCUUCUGAAGGUCUGUGAUGCCAACAGAGAUGGAAGGGUCGAUUAUCUCGAGUUCCGGCGGUACAUGGAUGACAAGGAGCUCGAGCUCUACCGCAUUUUUCAGGCCAUUGAUGUUGAGCACAAUGGCUGCAUUCUGCCUGAGGAGCUAUGGGAUGCCCUUGUCAAGGCUGGGAUUGAAAUGGAUGAUAAGGAACUUGCCCGGUUCGUAGAGCAUGUUGAUAAGGAUAACAAUGGUAUUAUAACGUUUGAAGAAUGGAGAGAUUUUCUUCUACUGUAUCCACAUGAAGCAACGAUUGAGAACAUAUAUCACCACUGGGAAAGGGUGUGCCUUGUGGAUAUUGGUGAGCAGGCUGUUAUUCCAGAAGGAAUUGGUAAGCAUGUUCAUAGGAGCAGAUACUUUAUUGCAGGUGCUAUAGCUGGAGCCGCUUCUCGUACUGCUACUGCUCCUCUUGAUCGCUUGAAAGUGGUUUUGCAAGUUCAGACAUCACGUGCUUCUGUGGUGCCAGCUAUAGAGAAGAUAUUGAAGGAAGAUGGCAUCCUGGGGUUUUUCAGAGGUAAUGGAAUAAAUGUUGUGAAGGUAGCACCUGAAAGUGCCAUCAAGUUCUAUACUUAUGAAAUGUUAAAGAAGGUCAUUGGAGACAAUAUGGGGGCCGACGAGGGAGAUAUUGGUACUGCUGGUAGACUUUUGGCCGGUGGUAUGGCAGGUGCAGUGGCACAAACUUCUAUCUAUCCGUUGGAUCUUGUGAAAACUCGGUUACAAACUUGUACUUCAGAAGCUGGAAAGAGUCCUCAGUUGGGGACAUUAACUAGGGAAAUAUGGAUUCAUGAGGGACCUCGGGCCUUCUAUAGAGGUCUGCUUCCGUCUCUUCUUGGGAUUGUCCCCUAUACUGGUAUAGACCUCGCUGCCUAUGAGGCCUUAAAAGAUAUGUCGAAGACAUAUUUUCUUCAUGAUAAUAGCGAACCUGGUCCUCUCAUUCAGCUGGGAUGUGGGACAAUAUCGGGAGCUCUAGGAGCAACAUGUGUUUAUCCUUUGCAGGUUAUCCGAACCAGAUUGCAAGCUCAACGUUCUAAUACAGCUACUGCAUAUAAAGGAAUGUCAGAUGUAUUCUGGAGAACCCUUCAGCACGAAGGCGUUAGAGGUUUCUACAAGGGAUUGUUUCCAAAUCUUCUCAAAGUUGUUCCAGCUGCAAGCAUUACAUAUAUGGUAUACGAAGCCAUGAAAAAGAAACUAGAUCUGUAGCGAGUCGGUAACUACAUUAAUCUUUGUAGUUAGAAAUUGUAACGGAGUUGACGGUGAAGAGAAAGAAAAUGAGAUUACUAGUUAAGUUGAGGAUACGAUUGUUAUAUGACAGAUGGUGCCCCCCUUCAGGAUACGGGGGCGCAGGAUUUUCAAUUUUGUAGGCGGAAAGUAUUUUUUCCCGGAUUUAUCAUAACUUGCUAUUGAGAAACAAGGUUACUGGCCCAUUCGGAAUUUGAUGGCAAACGUGACAGGUAUUAUCUUGUUCCUUUUUCUGUGUUUCUUAAGACUAUCUCUCUCUUUUACAGCAAGAUUUGAGCGGAACUUGAUGCUAUUCUCUGAACUAAAUCCAUAUGUGGUGAACAUUACAAUGAGUAUUGUCCCGUCGUUUCGUAA